AUGACCACGAAAACGGGGAAAACUCUCAAACUAGAGGAGGCCACACUAGACGAUAUCCCCGCGCUGACGGAGACGUGGUUCGCGGCGUUCGCCGACGACGAGGUGAUUCGCCGUCUGUGGCCCGAUACUCCCGGUGUGCGGGCGUGGUGGGAUGAGGCGAAUGGCGGAGAUAUGGCGGCGAAGCCAUUUCAGCGGUUUGUCAAGGUUGUUGAUGUGAUGGGAAAAGCAGGCGGAGGCAGCAGACCGAGGAUCGCGGCGUGGGCGAAGUGGGAUACGAGUAUGCCGGCCGAGAGGGGCCGGCGGUACCCUCCUUGGGCGGGGGAUAUGCCUUCCGAGGUGUGUGAUUUGUUCUUUGCUAGGGAGGAGGGGGAGAGGGCAAGGGUUAUGGGUGAUGAGAGGCAUUAUUAUCUCGACACGCUGGUCACGCAUCCCGAUUACCAGCGCCGGGGCGCGGCGUCCAUGUUGCUCAAGUGGGGGUGCGCGCUUGCUGAUGAGGAUGGGGUCGCGGCGUAUGUUGAUGCUAGUAAGGCGGGCAAGGGUCUGUACGAGAGGUUUGGGUUUGUGGAUGAGAGUUUGGAGGGGGAUGGGGAUGUUGCGUCUAUGGUGAGGCGGAGACGAUGA